UUUCACCUGAGGCACUGUGGCUGAGGGAGUGGUGUGGGUGGAUGAGGUGCUCAUAAUUACAACCUGACAGACAGGUAACCUACCUACCAGGAAAGCCUGUGUUUUCGCUCUCUCCAUUCUGCGGUUUCCCACGCCUCUGUUAACGUCAGUCUCAAACUCAGAUCCUUUACUCUUCCUCCAUGCAUUUCUCUUGCUUAUUUUACAAAAUAAGCUAUUGGAACACUUACUGAAGAAACUUUAAAAGAAAGGCCAUCCAAUGGGAUCCUGCUAGAACAGCACAGUUUCUCUCGGACCUUAUGCAGUCAAGCUCCAGAGGUCCAGACAGUCCCAUACUCAGUACUUCAUCUCAAUCAGUGUUUAAACAUGAUGGUGAGGACAUUCCCCAGAGCACAGAUCAUAAAGGAUUUCCAAGAACGUUGCCAGUACCUGGCAAAAAACAACAAUGAGGGGUAUCAACAGGAGUUUGAGGCACUAAAUGAUGUUGGAAAGGAGUUUUCCACCAGGGCAGGAGAACUGGAUGUAAACAAAAACAAGAAUAGAUACCCUCAUAUUCUACCCUACGACCACUGCAGGGUGAAGCUGUCAUUGCUAGAAUCACAGCCGCACUCAGACUACAUCAAUGCCAGCUAUGUACCCGGAGGCAGUUCAGAGCAUGCCUUCAUAUGCACUCAAGGACCUCUAAAGAGCACCAUGGCUGACUUCUGGAGAAUGAUUUGGGAACAGAACGUGCAUGUGAUAGUCAUGCUGACAUCUCUGAAAGAGAAUGGCAGGGUUCUAUGUGAUCAGUACUGGCCCCCUGAGAGAGGUACUGGUUGCUACGGUGAUAUUCAGGUGACAACAGUGUCUCGCAAGCGUGGGCCAGAAUCCUACAUCACCACCAUUCAUCUGUGGCAGAAUGGCUGGCCUGCUGAGCGUAGAAUCACACACUACCUGUAUCCCAGCUGGCCAGACAUAUCAGUGCCACGAGAGCUGUCUUCCCUCUGUACCUUCACCGAGAAUGUGCGACAGCACCUAGAAAACAUGCCUCAUGUAGGCCCAGCUGUAAUCCACUGCAGUGCAGGUGUGGGGCGCUCGGGGACCUUUGUCACACUUCUGUGGCUUUUUCAACUGUGUGCGCGAGGGGUUCAGCCUGAUGUGAAAGCCUCAGUGCAGGACCUGCGACGACACAGAGUAUUAAUGGUUCAGACGCUGGAGCAGUACAUAUUUGUGCACAAGUGUUUGAUGCGCUGGCUGGUUGCGGAUAGUAAACAACUUAAUGCACGAUCCCAGAGUGCACCGGUGCAGGUCCGACAGGACUCCCGACAGAUCAGCCAAUCACGGCCCAGGAGUAUGGAGGUCAAACAGCCUCCCAAGCGGGGGCAGUCAAGCCCUGACGUCCUACAGUCCUUCAACAUGCAGCUGCAGAGCAUCAGACCGGCAAACCUGCUGCGGAAGCUAAUGCCCUCAACAGCCAGGACAGGCAAAGCCAGAGACUCUGACCUGUAGUGGACUUACCACACACACACACAAAAACUGUGAAGGGAGAUGAGAUCAUCCACAACACACAAACCAGUGGAGUCCUAUUUCCAUUGUAAAUUAGGCUUUAGCAGCUCUUGAUGGACACAGGCACACACACACACACACAUGUGCACGCACAAUUAAUC